AUGUUUUACUACCCAACUGUCCUCCAACGCCACUCUGGAUGUUUUUCUACAGUCUGGUUAGCAGCCACCAGAGGCCUCAGGGUCACACGCAGAGAGCUUCUCAGAGUCGACGUCAACCGAACAUGCGGGGACAUUUUGGACUACGUGACAGCUCAGGUUCCUGCACCGCAACCCAACCUACCAAGGCCUCGGUUCUCUCUCUACCUGUCCUCUCAGCUGCAGUACGGGGUGGUCAUAGUCUACCACAAGCAGUGUGGCUUCUUGCUCGAGGAGAUUCAACAGACCAUUGACCGCCUGCUGCGCUCUAAAAGAUGCAUAGAUAUUGACAUGGCUGAGUCCGAUAGGUUGACCUUGGCUGUGCCUGACAGCAUGACCAUGAUGGAGGCGGCUGAGGGAGCUCAGGACCCCUUCUUCGGCCUCAUGGAAUCACACCAACUGCCCAGCCCCUAUAAGAUACACCAGCAAAUGUCGGGGAUGGAAGCGGCAGGUUCCCGGCACUCCCUGGUGCUCAGUCCUCACAGCACGGACGACAUCGACGGUUUCAGGUCACCUCCGGCCGCCAUCUCCCUGAAAGAGGAGCAGCAGUUCGUCAUCACGGCUGCCGAGUAUUUUGAGGGAGUUGAGCUUCCCGAAGCCACAUCCAGAGAGAUCGACUUGUUGAUGGAUCAAGCAGACCAUUUCCGUAAAGAAGCGAAAGGGCAGCAAGCAGACGAGAGCACCAGGGAAGGAGAAGGAGCCCCGUCCUCUAUCGACCGGCCGAGAGCAGAGUGGGACAGUGCGUGGCUGCUCGGCGAGGAGUCAGGUCACCCUGCGGAGGUCCCUCGGGCUGCUGUCGCCCUGGAGAUGACCCCGCUGCAAGUGGCCAUGCCGAGCCCACCCUCUGGGAAAGAGGGAGACAGAGACACAGGAAGUCCUCGUGAAGGAACGGCAGCUCCUCCUCUCAGGAAGCCCGGCGGAGGCCGCAGGCGUCAGCUGGUCUUCGCGGACCCUCAGGUCCAGAUACCCGAAGGAGCGAUGAAGGGGCAGAUCGAAAACCGGCUGGCCGAGACUCUGACACUGUCUGAGGUGUUGCUGGACUUGCCCUCCUUGACCAAGCGUGCCACUCCUGCUCAGCUCUUCGCCGCCCCCUGUGGAUCCCUCCUCCACACCGACCUCCAGUCCCUGUGGAAGCAGUGCACCUCGCUCACCACCCUGCCCGGACAUGAGGAGGAAGAGGAGUCACAGCAUGACAGAGAAAUACUGAGGACAGAGAGGAAGAGGAGGCAGUCGAGCGCGAGGGAGAUAUCCAGUGAGUCAGGACUACAACCCACUGAGGGCUCAUCCGUGGUGGACAUGAUCCUGGACAUGUCCAAAGAGGACAAAUCCUUGAGCGACGCCAUCACUCCCGUCAGCAGAUGGUCUCCACAAGAGGAGGCCCAUCUACGAAUGGAGUCUAUUGCAGAGGAGAAUGUGGAGAUGCCCGAGGCUCAGACUGACGAGGACAGAGACAUCCUUAGUUGGAUCUCCUCCAGCCUGCAGAGGUUUGGAGUAAUCACCUUUGACUCUCUGGUGCCCCUAGAGGCCGACCGCACCACUGCAGCUCACACUCUCUACAAACUGCUGGAGCUGCUGUCUGCUCGACAGCUGACUGUCCAACAGACUAAACCCUUCAGUGACAUCAUCAUAAACCCUGCAGCGCUCAGGAUGACCGCCUGAACACACACACACACACACACACAGUUACUCACACUAAAGUGCCAUUGAGGUACAGUUAUGAUUGUUUUGUUUUUUUAACUGAUGAAUAUAUUGAAUGAAUUUGAUCUUUUAUAGCUUCAACAACAUAUCAACGGGUUAAAUGUUUUUAUAUGAAUUGUUAAAUUACUCAGAAUGGUGAAACAUUGAGCUGCGUUAUGUUUGCAAGUGUUUUAAUGAUUUUUAACCAUUUUAAUCUGGGUAUAAUGUGUUCAUAUGGUUGUAUUUUUUAAUAUUUUUACCCAAUGAGUUUAUUGUUACUGAAUUUUUUAACAU